GAUGAUGUUGAAGUUAGAGGUUUAGUUCUGAUUCUAAUCUUGUAAGUUGAAGCUUAUAACAUUACUUGUAAACAUUAGUUUUUAGUCAUCAAUUUAAUAUCUAAAGAAUAAUAGUUUUAGAAAUUGUAAUUAUGUUUCUCCUAACAAAUUUGUAUAAUCAUGGACGAAAAUACUAGUACUUAUAGUUCAUGUUAGGAGCUUGAGUUUAUGACACUACUUGUUUUGAUAAGUGAUAACCAUUGCCCUGAAAUCAAGCUCCAAUAUUUUUGCGGACCAACACUUGUUUGUUACUACAAGAAUGUGGUACUGAGAAAAUGAAUAUUGGUAAUAGGUGGACAGAUUGCACUGUGAUCUUUACAAUUGACUUUUGAUUUCAGUGCUCUGCAAUGUCCGGUUAGGAGUAUUUUUGAGAGUUGUUUUUCUUCGCUGUGUUGGUAGUUGCUACAACUGUUGGGACAGUAUUGGCGUAUCUUUUGGUGCCAAUGAGAUCGCUUGGUCAAGAUAGUUGGAAAAUAGCAGCCGCUCUCAUGGGUAGACAUAUUGGUGGAGCGGUCAAUUAUGUUGCCAUUUCCGAAGCUCUUGGGAUUUCUUCAUCAGUUUUAGCUGCUGGGUUAGCUGCUGAUAAUGUAAUUUGUGCAAUAUAUUUCACAUCGUUGUUCGCAUUGGCCUCUAAGAUACCUCCUGAGACUUCAUCUGCAACCAGUGAUGUUGCAGUGAAUGAAGGUUCUGAAAAUGGUGGCAAACUUCCUGUGCUGCAGAUUGCUACUGCUCUUGCUGUAUCGUUCGCUAUCUGCAAGGUUUCUACAUUUCUUGCAAAAUAUUUUGGAAUUCAGGGGGGUAACCUGCCUAUCAUAACAGCAAUUGUUGUCAUUUUAGCAACUGUAUUUCCACAUCAGUUCAGUCACCUUGCACCAGCUGGUGAGGCUAUGGCUCUAAUACUGAUGCAGGUAUUCUUCACGGUGGUGGGUGCUAGCGGAAACAUAUGGAGUGUGAUAGCAACAGCGCCUGGUAUUUUCAUGUUUGCUCUGGUCCAGAUCGCGGUCCAUCUUGCGGUGAUCCUUGGAUUAGGAAAGUUGUUUCGGUUUGACCUGAAGCUACUGCUUUUGGCAUCAAAUGCAAAUGUUGGAGGUCCUACAACAGCCUGUGGAAUGGCCACUGCCAAAGGAUGGAGUUCAAUGGUAGUUCCUGGUAUACUUGCCGGAAUCUUUGGUAUUGCCGUUGCAACUUUUCUUGGCAUUGGAUUUGGAGUAUAUGUCCUGAAAUUCAUGUAGAAGUUUUAGAUUAUGUAGACUAGAACUGAGCUGACCUGUAACCUGGAUGAACUUUAGUUACAGUAAUAUCUGUAAAACUAUGUUAUUCUUGGCUGGGAAAAAAUGCUAUUUGCUUGCUGUUAAAAUAAA